AUGCUGGUUGAUGGGUCGCUGUAUGAGAAUUUCUUUGUGGAAGUUUAUACGGGGCAUUAUCAGGGGAGGGGAGUGGGUAGUGGUGUUGGUGGGCUGGGGGAGGAGGCUAUGUCGUUGACUACACUCGGCGCCUUGUUGGGCGAGCGCAUCGGACGAAGAGUGAAUGGCGAUGUCAACUCGCUCGAGACGCAGGAUAGCGACCAAGACAUCGACACAGACACCAAGCCAGCAUCUACAGAAGAAAUUCUAUUCCGUAUCCAGCAUGAAAGCACAAAAAACCCCAUGCUAUCCCGCCUCGAAACCGCCGUCGCCAAAGGCGUCCAAGCCCUAACCCACUUGCACACCUUCCUCACCAAAUCAAAACCCAAAAUCGAAAGCACCACCGACGUCACCGACUGGCUCUCCGAAAUCACCAAGAUAAAACAAUACGCGGCACCCCCCAAAGUCAUCAUCGGGAUAGUCGGUAGCACGGGCGCGGGCAAGUCCUCGCUGAUCAACGCGAUAAUCGAUGAGGAGAAUCUGCUUGGGACGAACUGCAUGCGCGCUUCUACGGCUAUUGCGACGGAGAUUGCGUAUAAGUAUCACUCCGGGAAGAAGUAUCGCGCGGAGGUGGAGUUUGUUGACAGGAGGGAGUGGGAGAGGGAGCUUCGGGCGCUGGUUGGGGAUUUGAAGGAUGAUGGUGAGAAUUCGUUUUCGGGGGUUCGUGGUGAAACGAUGGCUAGAAACUCUGAGGCUGCGGUGGCUAUGGAGAAGAUUCGUGCUGUGUAUCCGGUAUUGAGUGUGAAAGAGAUUAAAGAGUUGGAUGUCGAGGGGCUUUUGAAGAAGGGUGGUGUUUGUGAUGUUCUUGGGCAGACUGUCGUUGUGGAGAGUGAUGAUCCCAAGGCAUUUGCGAGAGACCUUGCCGUGUACAUCGACAGUAAAGGUAAACGUCCCAAGACCUCUGCCCCUGUCAACGAUAAAAGCAAAGGCAAAGCACCCAUGCAAACCAUCUUCGACAACAAACCCACAACCACAACCACCACAGCGACAACCCACUGGCCCCUCGUCCGCGUCAUCCGAAUCUACACCAAAGCCCCCGCCCUUUCCACUGGCGCAACCCUAGUCGACCUCCCCGGCAUCUUCGACUCCAACGCCGCGCGCAUCGCUGUCGCAGAGGAAUACAUGAAGAAAUGCAGCGCGCACUGGGUCGUCGCGCCGAUCAACCGCGCCGUCGACGAUAAAGUCGCGCAGGACCUGUUGGGACAGAACAUGCGGGUGCAGUUGCAUAUGGACGGCGCUGCGAAUGAUUUGACGUUUAUUUGUACCAAGACGGAUGAUGUUUCUGUGAGUGAGGUACAGGAGUCGUUGCUGAAGAGGGAUUUGGUGUCGCCGAGUUUGAGGGAGGAGGGAUUGAGUAGGUUGGAGGAGGAAAUUGGGGAGCUUGAGGGGUGGUUGGUGGGUGUUAAGAGUGAGAUUCUGGAUGUUGCAGAGCGGUUGGAGGAGUUGGAGGUUUGUUCUGAGGGUGGUGGUUCGCAGGGUAGUUCGCCUGGUAAGCGCAAGAGGGACAGUUCUGUUUCUGCACAGCGGCCUGCUCUUGACAAUACCUCUAAGACGCAGUCGAAUUCAGGUUCUGCUUCAGGCUCAGUCUCUGAAGACGACAUUCGCACCCGCCGCAAAGAACUAACCAACCACCACCGAACCCUCUCCACCGAGCGCCACGCCAAAGAAACCCAAAAAGAAGCCCUGAAGCUCGAACUCCAAACCUUCCAAACCCUCCAAGCCAACCUCCUUCACGAAUGCAUCCAAGCCCGCAACACCUACUCCAAAAGAGAACUCAAACAUGACUUCGCCCGCGGAAUCCACUCCUUCCACAACACAUCCCAGCACCCAUCCACUCCCACCCAAGACCCUAAUUAUUACCACGCCCUCGAACAAGACCUCCCCGUCUUCUGCGCCUCAACGCGCGCGUACCAGAAACUCCAGGGCCGCCUGCGUCGCGAAGCGCCCGUUUCUGGGUUCAGUGCUCUCGAGCAGACGGAGAUCCCGCAGUUGCAGGCGCAUUGUAUCGCGGUGACGGAGCAGGCGAGGGAGGCGUCUGCGUUGAGGUUCUUGUUUCAUUUGCGGCGGGUGUUGGGUUCGAUUGGGUUGUGGGCUGCGGCAGAGGAUGGGGUGCGGGUGCUUUCGCAGGGGAAGAAGGUUGAGAUUGAGGUGAGGUAUUAUAUUGCUGAGGAGAGUUUUAAGAGGGAGGUUGAGAGGACGUGCGAGGGAUUGAUGCAGGGGAUUUGUGAUAUUUUGACUCUGAACGUUAUUCGCAGUUUUGGCGAUGCUUCGAUUCUGGCGAGCGAGAAAUGUACCAAGACCGUCAAGGAUUGGAACGACCUCAACUACAACACGUACAAAGCCGUUUGUUGCCGACAGGGUGUUUUUAGAUUCCAUCUAACUGCCAUAGAACUGGAACCAGGAGUUUAUAGGGCCAAUCUUGUUAUCGAACCGUUGCUUCACGAUUGGAAGAAUGCUUUUGAAAAUGAGAUGCCCCUGGAAGUCGACUGGUUCACCCAGUUGAUGAAGACUCAUCUGCAAGCGUUCCAUACCCAGGCAAUCUCAGCCGCUGAGAUUGUCCUCUCCGACAAAAUCAUGAACGAGCUCAAAGAUAUUUGGAAGGUUCAGUACAAGGUAAUGAAGAGAGAUGUGAUUCACACGGUCAACCGAGCGAGACGCAAGCAACGCGGAAUCAACCGAGAAUUUGCCGUUGGCGUGGAAGAAUACUUGCAUCCCGCGUACCUGAAAUGCGCCUAUGAAAAUGGCUCCGACAUGUUCCACCGUAUGCGAGAACACAUCCGCACCCAAAGCACCGGAAUCGAUCUCUUCCAGCACAGCACCGACCGAGUUAAAUCCGAAUUGAUCAAGCUGCUGGACAAGAUCGAGCACGAUCUGAUCUCCAUCACCACGCGACUUAUGGAACGGACAACACGUGACUACACCACUUGCAUCAUCACCCCGCUGGCCCAGCAGUUCGCGUCUUCGAGUCAGAGUCAGGCUCGGCUCAAGCGGGAGGCGGCGGAUAUGGUCCGGGGAGCUGAGAUGGAGCUUGGGCUUGAUGAGCUGUUGGAUGAUGUUACUACUGCUACUACUGGUACUAGUCAUGGGCGUGGCCCGUGGGAAGGCUAUGGACGUGAUGAUGGGCAACGCGAGCGACACGCGCUGGAGACUAUUAAAGAGGAAGAUGAGAGCGAGUAA